CAAGAUAUGUGUAGUAGAUUACAAGAUGAAUUUUUGAUCAGGUGGAUUCAUUAGUAAAGAAAGAGAGAGUUAAUAUGGGCGCGGACGAGGAGUAUCCUCGGAGCGUGAAUUUCGGGCCAGCACGAAGCUUUGGCAUCGUGCUGAAGUCAAAGAUGAAGGAAACCUUCUUCCCGGACGACCCUUUCCGCCAGUUCAAGAGCGAGCGGUCGGCCAGGCGCCGUGCCCUCAAGGGCCUCCAAUAUUUCAUCCCUAUUUUGGAAUGGCUGCCAAAUUACAACCUCAGCUUGUUUAAAUACGAUCUCCUCGCCGGCAUCACCAUCGCCAGCCUCGCCAUUCCUCAGGGGAUCAGCUACGCCAACCUCGCCCAAAUCCCCCCCAUUAUCGGCCUUUAUUCGAGUUUUGUCCCGCCGCUCUUGUACGCUGUAUUUGGGAACUCGAAGCACCUGGCCGUGGGAACGGUGGCGGCCUGCUCGUUGCUUAUUGCUGAAAAUAUCGAAAAAAAAGCCGAUCCUUCCACUGACCUUUACGUCAGCUUAGUCUUCACCGCCACUCUCUUUGCCGGUUUGUUUCAAACAAUUCUCGGGCUCUUGAGACUAGGCAUACUGGUUGAUUUCCUGUCGCAUUCCACAAUCACGGGAUUCAUGGGAGGAACGGCCGUGCUUAUUAUAUUUCAGCAGAUGAAGGGUUUGCUUGGCUUAAAGCACUUCACCACGCACACCGGUGUUCCCCAUGUUAUACGUGCAAUUAUCGAUAAUAGGACUGAGUUCAACUGGAAAUGUGCACUCAUUGGUAUAACAUUCCUCGUCUUUCUCCAACUCACUAGAUAUGUUAAAAAGCUCAAGUCCAACCUAUUUUGGGUGUCGGCGAUCGGCCCAAUGGUGGUGGUUGUUUCCGGUGGCAUUCUUGCUUACUCUGUUGGUCCCAAAUUGGGUCUUUCCACGGUGGGGCCUCUGAAGAAAGGAAUAAACGCAUUUUCGGUGAAUCGUCUAAUAUUCAGUUCCAAGUAUGUUUUUGCGCCACUGAAAGCUGGAAUAAUCACUGGAAUGAUUGCUCUCACGGAAGGAAUAGCAAUUGGAAGAAGUUUUGCAAUGUCAACAAACGACCACAUUGAUGGUAACAAGGAGAUGAUAGCUUAUGGUGUGAUGAACAUAGUUGGAUCCAUGACAUCAUGCUAUUUAACUACCGGCCCGUUCUCAAAAACGGCGGUGAAUUUCAACUCGGGUUGCAAGACACCGAUGGCGAACGUGGUACAGUCAGUGUGCAUGCUAAUGGUGCUUCUUUUCCUGGCCCCGCUCUUCAGCUACACGCCUCACGUGGCGUUGUCCGCCAUCAUCAUCUCCGCGAUGCUAGGCCUCAUCAAGUACAAGAAGGCCUAUCACCUCUUCCAGACCGAUAAAUUCGACUUCGUCAUCUGCAUUUCCGCUUUCUUCGGCGUUUCCUUCAUUAGCAUGGACAUGGGACUCGUCAUUUCAGUGGGACUAGCCUUGGUCCGCGCAAUGUUGUACAUGGCCAGGCCCGCUACUUGCAAGCUAGGGAAUAUACCUAAUUCGAAUUUGUACCGCGACGUGGAGCAGUAUCCUGGGACUAUUAGCCAUUCAGGAGUAUUGAUUUUGCAACUUGGCUCACCCAUUUAUUUUGCAAACUCAAAUUAUAUAAAAGAGAGGAUCUUGAGAUGGGUUCGGGAUGAGAAUGAUUCGAAAAGCACUACACAAGACAUCGAAUAUGUGUUGCUCGACCUAGGAGGUGUGACGGCAAUUGAUCAUACUGGAGUGGAAGCUGUACUUGAAGUUAGGAAAACCUUAGAAAACAAAGGGAUCAAGAUAAUAUUAGUGAACCCAAGAAUUGAUGUGAUGGAUAAGUUGAUACUAAUGGGAACAGUGGAUAAGAUUGGGAGGGAAGCAGUGUACUUAUCGACAGAGGAUGCACUUAAUGCAUGCAAAUUCACGCAACGUCGAUCUCAUGACCUUAUGGAUGUGGCUUUGUAGUAGUAAUGUUUCAUCUACACACCAAUAUAUAACACCAGUUAUUUACUUUCGUUUCCGUUCAUUUGUAGAAAUUGUUUGGCUACAAAAGUUGUGCAAUAUCCUAGCUAAUGUUUGGCUUGAUGGUUAUGAAAUAAAAUUUCUGUGUUUCUUGGUGAUGAAAUAA